GCAGUCUUUUCAAAGGAAGACGGUGAUGCUAAACACGUUCUCGAAGCUGAUGAAUCUCAUUUAUUAGAUGGAAUAGGAGCUCAAGCUUAUAUUAAUGUGGAAGAAAUCGUUCAAGUAGCUAAAGAUUAUAAAAUUGAUGCUGUCGUUCCUGGUUACGGAUUUUUAUCAGAAAAUUCUUCUUUUGCCGAAGCCUUAUCUAAAGAAGGAAUUCUCUUUGUUGGUCCAUCAACAGAGUCUAUUGAGACUUUCGGUUUGAAGCAUAGUGCAAGAAAAUUAGCUGAAGAAAAUGAUGUACCAACAGUUCCAGGUUCUGAAUUAAUUAACCAUUAUGAUGAAGCUCUUUCUGAAGCUACUAGAAUAGGAUUUCCAGUUAUGCUCAAGUCAACUGCUGGUGGGGGAGGUAUGGGACUUAAAGUUUGUUAUGGUCCUGAUGAACUUAAAUCUUCACUCACUGAAGUUAUUUCUAGAGGUGAAACAUUAUUUAAACAUUCAGGUGUUUUUCUUGAAAAAUAUAUUUUAAAUGGAAGACAUAUUGAAAUUCAAAUAUUUGGUAACGGUAAAGGAGAAGCAAUUGCUUACGGAGAAAGAGAAUGUUCAAUUCAAAGAAGACAUCAAAAAGUCAUUGAAGAAGCUCCAAGUCCCUUUGUUGAUUCAGUUGCGGAUAAAACUCUUAGAAAAAAGCUUAGUAAAUGUGCAAUAACGCUUGCUUCAUCAAUUAAAUAUAAAUCUGCUGGUACAAUAGAAUUCUUAGUUGAUGAUGAUACGGGUUCAUUCUACUUUUUGGAGAUGAAUACAAGACUUCAGGUCGAACAUGGAAUAACUGAGUUAAUUUAUGGGGUAGAUUUGAUGAAAUUAAUGUUAUUACAGGCUGACUAUGAAUUGAGAGGUGAAACUGGGUUACCUUUCGAUACUUUAAACUUACAAUAUGAUGAUGAUGGAUUGCUUGUACCAAAUGGUUGGGCUAUUGAAUGUAGAGUAUAUGCUGAAAAUCCAGUCAAGAACUUCCAACCCAGUCCUGGAAUUUUGCAUUAUGUUGAAUUCCCAAACGAAAUUGAAGGUUGUAAAAUAAGGAUUGAUCAUUGGAUUGAUACUGGGACAAAGGUUUCACCAUACUUUGACCCAUUAUUGGCAAAGGUAAUGGUUUGGAGUGAGACAAGAGAAACUACCAGGCAAGGAAUAAUUAAAUGCCUUCUUGAAAGUAAAGUUCAAGGACCACCAGUCAAUAUUGAUUAUUUGGUUAGUGUGUUAUCUUCUUCAGAAUUUGCUGCUGGAAAGACUCUAACUUCCUUCUUAACAACCUCAUUUAAAUAUGAACCACCAUUAGUUGAAUUCGUCACUUCUGGAUCUUAUACAACUAUCCAGGAUCUCCCAGGUAGAUUCAAAUAUAAUGCAGGUAUUCCAUUGUCUGGCCCUAGUGAUCCUUUGAGUUUACAAUUGGCUAAUCUUAUUGUAGGAAAUGAAACUACCACUGAAGGUCUUGAAAUAACCCACGAAGGUCCAACUCUUAGGUUUCAUACUUCAGCAGUUAUAUGUCUCACUGGUGGUCACUUCCAUUUCAAAAUUAAAGGAAAGUCGAUUCCAAUGUUCACUGCAGUAACCAUUCCCAAAGAUACUGUUGUCAAGAUUGGCCAUGCUACAGGAAUCGGAGCAAAAUGUUAUUUAGCUAUAAGAGGUGGUUUUCCUGAUGUGGCAUAUUACUUGGAUUCCAAGAGUUGUACACCUACUUUGAACUUAGGUGGUCAUCAAGGAAGAAUUGUUAUGCAAGGUGACUGCUUAACCAUCAAAAAGGGUGAUCCAGUAAACAGUAUUGAAUUAGGGUUUGAACUUCCUAAGAAAUCACGUCCAAAUUUCGAUACCUUGGAAGAUGAUUUUUGGACAGUUAAAUUGAUUAGGGGUCCUCAUGACUCUAGAGAGAUUGUUAGUGAUGAAGGUAUGAAUGAAUUCUAUAAUAAUUUCCACUAUAAAGUCAAUCACAAUUCUAAUAGAGGAAGUGUUCGCUUAGAUGGUCCUAGUGAUGUGUUCUCUAGAACUCAUGGUGGAGAUGGAGGUUCACAUCCUUCUAAUAUUUUAGAAUAUCCAUACCCAACAUGUGGUAUCAGUGUAGUUGGAAGUGUUAUGUUCUUAUUUGGUGUAGACGGAAGUACCUUAUCUGGAUUUGUUUGUAUUGCAGUACCAGUCUUGAGUGAAUGGUGGAAAUUUGGACAAGCUAAAGUCGCUGCAAAUAUAAGGUUCAAGUUAGUCUCUUAUGAAGAUUCUUUAAAAUUGAACAAACUAAGAACCACCUUUUUGGAGCAGGUUGAAGUUGCAAUUAAAUCUAAAGAUGCUGAAAAUUCACCAGUUUUCAAAGAUGAAUUAGAUGAAUAUUCUGAAAUUGAAAAAGAAAGUAUUCUAUAUAAUAGGGAACCAACCAAAGAUUUACCUCAAUUUACGAUAAGACAAAGUGGGGAAAGAAUGGUAUUGAUGGACUUUGGAAUUGACAAGUUUAAUUUGGUCAAUAAUGGUAGACAAAAGGUCCUUCAUGAUUCUAUAAUGAGUGAAAUUCCUGAAUGUGUAAUUAAAAUGGAAGCAAAUACAGGUAGUUUAGGACUUGUAUUUGACCUUGAAAAGAUCAGUAGACCUUCUUUAAUUGAAAAAUUGGUUGAGUUAGAAUCUAAAGUCCCACCUCCACAUGAAUUGAAGGUUAAAAGUAAACAAUUUAUUCUUCCUUGUUGCUUUGAUCAUAGUGCUAUCACUCAUUGUCUUGAAAGAUAUAUGCAUUCUCAAAGACCUUAUGCAGCCUAUUUACCUAGCAAUACAGAAUAUGUCAUGAAGAUCAAUUGUUUAGAUCUGAUUGAAGAAUUUAAAAAGUGUGUAGUUGGACAAACCCAAGUUAUUACAGCAGUAUCAUUUUUAUGUGGAAAUACUUUAACAGUUAAUAUGGAUCCAAGAACUAGAUUUAGAACAGGUAAAUAUAAUCCAGCCAGAACUUUCACACCUAAAGGUGCAUUGGGAUCUGGUGCUAUUGGUCAUUCCAUUUACUCUAUCGAUAGUCCUGGUGGAUAUAUGAUAUGGGGAAUGGCCUUACCAGAUUUGACUUGGAAUACAUUCAGCAGAUUGAAAAGUUCAGACACUCCUUGGUUCUUCAAUAAUUUUGAUCAAAUUGUAUACUAUGAAGUAACUGAAGAUGAAUUGACAGAAAUGAACAACAAACUUUUGACAGGGAAAUUUAAAUUUGAAAUUAAAGAAGUUGAACUUGAUUUUGGAGAAUAUAUUGAUUUCUUAGAUGGAAUUGAAGAUGAACUUGAAGAAAUGAACAAGAAAAAGGAUGAAGCUCUUGCUGUAUUAGUUGAAGAAGAAGAUAUUUUAUUUGAAAAAUGGCAGAAUGAAAAAAAUGCUACUAAGAGUUCCAAAGCUACUGAUGAGAGUCUUUUGAAUGAUCCAUCCAUUUUAAAAGUCACUUCUACAAUGGCAGCUAAUGUGUUUAAGAUUCAAACAAAACUUGGUGCAAAGGUAUCAGCCACUGAUACUUUAAUUAUACUUGAAGCCAUGAAAAUGGAAAUUCAUGUCAAGGCUAUAAAUGAUGAUGAUGAUGAAAGUGAUGAAGACGAAGAAGAAGAAGGAGGAGAAUCAGACUCUAAGCGAAAUGUUAAUACUUCCUAUGAAGUGGUAGAUAUUGCUAUCUUAGAGGGUGACGUGGUCGUACCAGGAACACUUCUCUUCCUUUUAAAACCAUGCUUAGAAUAGUGAUUAAAAAUUAAAAUAAUUAAAAAAACUAAGAAUUAGUAUUUAGAAAUUAG